AUGACGUCUAUGACAUUUGGACAGAAAAAGUUUAUUCCAACUGCACCGGAAAAGGGAAGUUUCCCACUGGAUCACGGCGGCCAAUGUCGUAAGCUGAUGCUGUUCUAUAUGCGCUGCUUACGAGAAAACGCCGACGAUAAUUCCGCCUGCCGAGAGCAAUCCAAAGCCUACCUUCAGUGCCGUAUGGACAACGAUCUAAUGGCAAAGGAAGAUUUUUCCAAGCUAGGCUAUAGUGAAAGUGAAAAGAAACCAGAACAAAGCUAA